UAAACUGAGAAUUUUUAAACUUAAGAGGAGGGUAUAAAAAAAAAGAGAGGUUUAAGUGAAUUCUUCCUAUAAAUAAGAUAUACUCAACCUUGUAUUCCCACCAACUUCAUCUCGGUGCAAGGGGCAAGGGCACCUUCUUGUGAGGAAUAUCAGAAGUUAGAUAUGGGUAACCUAUUUUGCUGUGUACAAGUCAGCCAAUCCACAGUUGCUGUCAAGGAGAAAUUUGGGAAGUACAGUGAUGUACUCGAGCCUGGAUGCCAUUGUGUACCUUGGUUUCUUGGAAGUCAGCUUGCUGGCCAUGUCACUCUUCGGUUGCAGCAGUUGGAUGUGCGCUGUGAGACAAAGACAAAGGACAAUGUCUUUGUUAAUGUCGUUGCAUCGGUUCAAUACCGUGUUCUGGCUAAUAAGGCGGGUGAUGCUUUCUACAAACUCAGCAAUCCUAGAACCCAAAUCCAAGCCUAUGUGUUUGAUGUAAUCAGAGCAAGUGUUCCAAAGCUAGAGUUGGAUAAUGUCUUUGAGCAAAAGAAUGAGAUUGCAAGAGCUGUUGAGGAUGAGCUUGAAAAGGCUAUGUCUGCUUAUGGGUAUGAGAUUGUCCAGACACUCAUUGUUGAUAUAGAACCAGAUGAGCACGUGAAGCGAUCGAUGAAUGAAAUUAAUGCCGCUGCAAGAAUGAGGUUAGCAACUAAUGAGAAAGCAGAAGCAGAGAAAAUUAUACAGAUUAAGCGAGCAGAGGGUGAGGCCGAAUCCAAAUAUCUCUCAGGAGUUGGAAUCGCCCGGCAGCGCCAGGCAAUUGUUGAUGGUCUGAGAGACAGUGUGCUUGGCUUCUCAGUCAAUGUGCCAGGAACCACUGCUAAAGAUGUGCUGGAUAUGGUCCUUAUCACGCAGUACUUUGACACCAUGAAGGAAAUUGGUGCUUCCUCCAAAUCCUCAUCAGUGUUCAUUCCACAUGGACCAGGUGCUGUGCGUGACAUUGCUACCCAGAUUCGAGAUGGGCUGCUUCAGGCAUCAACCUCUCACUAGGAAUUAUGAAGUUUCUGUCCAGGAGUGUUGUCCGCAAGUGUGCUCUGUUCAGGACUUCUCAUCCAUGGUUUGUUUUGUGUGUAAAGCAUGAUUCAGAAUUUUUCUUUUUUGUUGGUAAUGCACAUACUCUGAAAUUUGCUUGUAAAUUAAAGUUCUACAAUGUUAAAUUCUUAUUUACUACUAAGAAAUUACAUGGUGAGCAAUCUUAAAAAGC